GAGGGCCGGCUCUGCCCAAGACGCAGGCACGGCCGGUCGUGAGCGUCACGUCGCUCCGGGUGCUGUUCGCCUCGAGGUCAAAGCCAGCGAGCGACGUGGAAGCGACCUUGCCCCGGGCUGGUAGCUGCGGGCGCGUCGGCCGCCUCCGCGCUCCUCCGCGCUCCCAGGUUCCCUUGCGUGAAGGCCACGUCCGGCGGCUCCGCAAGGCCCUUCUACACCGCCGCGCCGCCUCUCUAUGAUCCGUCGCCGCGUUCCAGGUUGGGUGUCAUGGCGGCCGGCGUCGAGUUGGCAGGAGUUGCCCACGGAGCUGGGGAAAGUCACUAAAACAGAGGAAGAAGUGGCCCAACCCGGACGGUGGGAAGUCGGGGGAAUGAGCCGAGACCUUGCGGCGGUGACUGUGUCACUGGAGGCGGGCUCCUGGUAAAGUCCCAGCCCGGGCCUUGCGUUUGUAGGCAGAGCCCGGCAGUCGGUGGGAGCCCCCAGAAGCCGGAGUUGCCCGGGGACCGCUCCUCGAGACGUCGAAUCCUCAGUGUCUGGAUUUGGACUAGUUACGCGGAGGCAGCGGUUGGAGGACAUUUAGGGGGGUUGUCCGACUACGGUGGACAACGGCUUUUCUCGGAGCGGACCGGUCGCUCUCUAACCCGCAGCGAUGUCGUCUUGGCUCGGGGGCCUCGGCUCCGGCUUGGGCCAGUCCCUGGGUCAAGUCGGGGGCAGCCUGGCGUCCCUCACUGGCCAGAUUUCAAACUUCACCAAGGAUAUGCUGAUGGAGGACACGGAGGAAGUGGCAGCACAGUUACCUAAUUCUGAGAGAAAGGAUAUUGAAGCCAGUCAUGCAAUCUUACGAUCAGAGAAUGAGAGGCUUAAACAACUUGUUACUGAUCUAGAAGAAAAGCAUGAAGCAUCAGAGCUUCAAAUAAAGCAACAAUCCACAAGUUACCGGAAUGAGCUACAACAGAAAGAGGUAGAAAUCAGCCAUCUAAAAGCAAGACAGAUUGCACUACAGGAUCAAUUACUGAAGCUGCAGUCAGUUACUCAGUCAGUAAAUUCAGGGGUGAGCAGCACACCAGCCACUGCAUCAUCUUCAUUCGGCUAUGGUGUGAGUCAUCAUGCAUCAGCUUUCCACGACGAUGACAUGGACUUUGGUGAUGUAAUCUCAUCACAACAGGAAAUAAAUAGAUUGUCAAAUGAAGUUUCAAGACUCGAGUCUGAAGUUAGUCAUUGGAGGCAUAUUGCUCAGACUUCCAAAGCACAAGGAUCAAAUAACUCUGAUCAAAGUGAAAUCUACAAAUUGCAAAAUAUCAUUAAGGAACUUAAACAGACUCGAAGUCAGGAAAUUGAUGACCAUCAGCAUGAAAUGUCAGUAUUACAGAAUGCACAGCAACACAAACUAACAGAAAUAAGUCGUCGGCAUCGAGAAGAGUUACGAGACUAUGAAGAAAGAAUUGAAGAAUUGGAAAAUCUGUUACAGAAAGCUGACUCAGGAACUACAGUAACUGAUCACUCUAAAAUCCAUGAGAUGCACAAUACUAUUCAAGUUCUACAAACUGAAAAAGUUGAAUCUACAAGAAAGUUGGAACUUGAGGAUAAAAUAAAAGACAUAAGUAAAAAAUUAUCUUCUGCAGAAAAUGACAGAGAUGUUUUGAGGAAGGAACAAGAACGACUAAGUGUGGAAAACAAACACAUGACUGAAGAAUGUGAAAGCUUAAAACUGGAAUGUAGUAAAUUGCAGGAGUAUGCUGUGAAGCAGAGUGAAGCUGUGGCAGAGGGGGAGGGCAGCCUUCCUCAGGGGGUACCAGUGGAAGAACUGUUGAGACUGCAGCGAGCACUGUCUGAUGCUGAAAAUGAAAUAAUGAGAUUGAGUAAUUUAAACCAGGGUAACAAUCUCGCUGAAGACAAUCUGAAACUUAAAAUGCAUGUUCAAGUUUUAGAAAAAGAGAAUUCAUUAUUAAGUCAAGAAAAGGAAGAGCUACAGAAGUCACUUUUAAAAUUGAACAAUGAAUGUGAAGUGAUUAAAAAUACAGCAACUAAAGAACUACAUGAAUUAAGACUUAAUUUGGAAGCAAAAGAACAAGAGUUCAAUCAGAGUAAUAAAGAAAAGGAAAUACUGAUAGCUGAAAUAGAAGAGUUGGACAAACAGAACCAAGAAGCCACAAAGCAUAUGAUUUUGAUAAAAGAUCAGCUAUCAAAACAACAAAAUGAGGGUGAUAGCAUCAUCGAUGAAUUGAAAAGAGAUCUAAAUGAUGAAAGAGAGAGAGUUCAUCAACUUGAAGAUGAUAAAAUGAGUAUCACUGAAGAGUUAAACAUGCAAAAAGAAAAGCUAAUGCAACAUGAACUGGUCCUAAAUGAUUUGCAUCUAACCAAGCAAGAACUUGAGGGUAAAGUUGAAGAGUUAGUAGAUCAACUAAAUCAAUCACAAAAUAGUAACUUAAAUAUCCAGAAGGAAAACUUUGAACUUAAAGAACAUAUUAAACAAAAUGAAGAAGAACUUACUAGAGUCAGGAGUAAGUUAACUCACUCUCCUAAUCAAGACUCUAGCAGUAAUGUUAAUGAUUUGCUUAAAGAAAGGGAAGCUGAAGUCAGAAAUUUAAAGCAAAAUCUUUCAGAAAUAGAACAACUUAACGAACAUUUUAAAAAGAUUGCUUGUGAUCUCAAGAUGGAAAAUGAAAAGCUGGUUUUAGCAUGUGAAGAUGUAAGACAUCAGUUGGAGGAAUCUACCACUCACAACAAUCAGCUUUCUCUGGAACAAAACACUGUUGUGGAGGCUCUGAAAAUAGAAAAUGGACAGUUAGAAACAGAAUUGUGUCAGGCCAAAAUGAGGUUGGCUGAAGAAGUACACAGGUAUGAGCAAGCCAUUGAAGAACUGUCAGAUGCAGGUCAUCUGAGAACUUCUGCUGUACAGCUGGAACAUGAGCAUUUAAUUAAACUCAGUCAAGAGAAAGAAUUUGAAGUAGCAGAACUCAAAAAAAAUAUUGAGCAGAUGGAUACUGCUCAUAAAGAGACUAAAAAUAUUUUGUCAUCUAGUUUGGAAGAGCAGAAGCAGUUGACACACCUUAUAAAUGAAAAAGAAAUUUUUAUUGAAAAACUUCAGGAAGAAAGUUCAGGGUUGCAAGACAAGUAUACUGAGGCCUUAAGGAAAAAUGAUAUUUUAAGGCAAACCAUAGAGGAAAAAGACAAAAGUCUUGGAUCCAUGAAAGAAGAAAAUAAUCAUUUGAAAGAAGAACUGGAAAGAUUCAGGGAGCAGCAAAGUCGAACUGCACUGGUUGCUGAGCCUAAAACCAUGGAUAGCAUUACAGAGCUAGAAGCGGAAGUGUCACAGCUGAAUAUAAUAAAGGAUAAUCUUGAAGAAGAAAUAAAGCACCAUCAAAAAAUAAUUGAUGACCAAAACCAGAGUAAGAUGCAACUACUUCAGUCUUUACAAGAGCAGAAAAAGGAAAUGGAUGAAUUUAAAUACCAGCAUGAACAAAUGAAUGUCACACAUACCCAGCUUUUUUUAGAGAAAGAUGAGGAAAUCAAAAAUUUGCAGAAAACAAUUGAACAAAUCAAAACUCAGUUGCAUGAUGAAAGACAGGACAUUCACACAGAAAAUUCUGUUAUUUUUCAAGAAACGAAAGUGCAGAGCCUUAAUAUAGAAAAUGGAAGUGAAAAACAUGAUUUAUCUAAAGCUGAGACGGAACGAUUAGUAAAAGGACUAAAAGAAAGAGAAUUAGAGAUUAAACUUCUAAAUGAAAAGAAUAAAUCUUUAACUAAACAGAUUGAUCAGCUAUCCAAAGAUGAGGUGGGUAAAUUAACUCAGAUUAUACAGCAGAAAGAUGUGGAGAUUCAAGCUCUUCACGCAAGAAUUUCUUCAACUCCCUAUACCCAGGAUGUUGCUUACCUUCAGCAGCAGCUGCAGACAUGUGCUAUGGAGAGAGAGCAAAUCGUAGCCGUUUUGAAUGAGAAAACAAGGGAAAACAGCAAGCUAAAGUCAGAAUACCACAAAAUGGUGGACAUAGUUGCUGCCAAAGAAGCAGCCCUCAUUAAGCUGCAAGAUGAAAAUAAAAAAUUGUCAACUAGGUUUGAAAGUAGUGGUCAAGACAUGUUUAGAGAAACUGUCCAGAAUUUGUCACGUAUCAUUCGUGAAAAAGACAUUGAAAUUGAUGCAUUAACUCAAAAAUGUCAGACCUUAUUGACAGUGUUGCAAACAUCCACCGCUGGUAACGAGGCCGGAGGGGUUAACAGUAAUCAAUUUGAGGAACUUCUUCAGGAACGUGACAAAUUAAAACAGCAAGUAAAGAAAAUGGAAGAGUGGAAGCAGCAGGUGAUGACCACUGUCCAAAAUAUGCAGCACGAGUCAGCCCAGCUUCAGGAGGAGCUCCAUCUGCUUCAGGCCCAAGUUCUAGUCGACAGUGAUAACAACUCUAAGUUACAGGUGGACUAUACUGGCCUGAUUCAAAGCUAUGAGCAGAAUGAAACCAAGCUGAAAAAUUUUGGGCAGGAGUUAGCACAAGUCCAGCACAGCAUAGGCCAGCUUUGUAACACCAAAGAUCUUCUCUUAGGAAAACUUGACAUCAUUUCACCUCAGCUCUCAUCUGGGCCAUCACUUGCUGUUCAGCCAGCAGAGUCUCUUCAAACAAUUAAAUGUGAUUCAUCACCGAGUAACUCUUCUAAAUUGUUUCAACAAGAGAUAGAAGAGCUAAGAAAGUCCCUGCAAGAAAAAGAGGCAACAAUUAGAACUCUCCAGGAAAAUAACCACAGAUUGUCUGAUUCAAUCGCUGCUACAACAGAGCUUGAAAGAAAAGAGCAUGAACAAACGGACUCAGAAAUUAAGCAGCUGAAGGAGAAGCAAGAUGUUUUGCAGAAGUCACUUAAAGAAAAAGACCUAUUGAUCAAAGCCAGAAGUGAUCAGUUACUUUCUUUAAAUGAAAAUUUCACUAACAAAGUUAAUGAAAAUGAACUCUUAAGGCAAGCAGUAACAAACCUAAAGGAGAGAAUAUUAAUUUUAGAAAUGGACAUUUGUAAACUAAAAGGAGAAAAUGAAAAAAUUAUAGAAACAUUCAAAGGGAAGGAAACAGAGUAUCAGGCAUUACAAGAGACUAAUACAAAGUUUUCUAUGAUGCUUCGGGAAAAAGAAUUUGAGUGUCAUUCAAUGAAGGAGAAGGCUCUUGCAUUUGAGCAACUUCUGAAAGAAAAAGAACAGGGCAAGACUGGGGAGUUAAAUCAGCUUUUAAAUGCUGUUAAGUCAAUGCAGGAGAAGACAGUUGUGUUUCAGCAGGAGAGAGAUCAAGUCAUGUUGGCUUUGAAGCAGAAGCAAAUGGAAAACAGUGCCAUCCAGAAUGAGGUUCAACAUUUACGUGACAAAGAAGUACGGUUAAACCAGGAGCUAGAGAGAUUGCGUAACCAUCUUUUAGAAACAGAAGAUUCUUAUACCCGGGAAGCUUUGGCUGCAGAAGAUAGAGAGGCUAAGCUAACAAAGAAGGUCGCAAUACUGGAAGAAAAACUAGCUUCAUCCUCCAGUGCAAUGGAAAAUGCAAGCCAUCAAGCCAACUUGCAGGUAGAAUCAUUGCAGGAACAACUGGAUGUAAUCUCCAAGCAAAGGGACGACACUGCACUGCAGCUCUCUGUCUCUCAGGAACAGGUAAAGCAGUACGCAUUGUCACUCUCCAACCUGCAGAUGGUGCUGGAGCACUUCCAGCAAGAGGAAAAAGCUAUGUAUUCUGCUGAAAUUGAAAAGCACAAACAACUUACAACUGAAUGGAAGAAAAAGGCAGAAAAUCUAGAAGGAAAAUUGGUAUCAUUACAGGAACGCCUGGAUGAAGCAAAUGUUGCCUUGGAUUCAGCAUCAAGACUUACAGAACAGUUAGAUCUAAAGGAAGAACAAAUUGAAGAACUCAAAAAGCAAAAUGCACUUCGACAAGAAAUGCUGGAUGAUGUACAAAAGAAAUUGAUGAAUUUAGUAAACAGUACAGAAGGAAAAGUAGACAAGGUUUUAAUGAGAAACCUCUUCAUCGGACAUUUCCAUACACCAAAAAAUCAGCGUCAUGAAGUUUUACGACUAAUGGGAAGCAUCCUGGGUAUCAAAAGGGAGGAAAUGGAGCAGCUGUUUAAUGAAGACCAGGGCAUUGUUACCAGGUGGAUGACCGGGUGGCUUGGAGGAGGAUCCAAAAGUGUCCCCAACACACCUCUGAGACCAAGCCAGCAGUCUAUGCUGAAUAGUUCCUUUUCAGAACUUUUUGUUAAAUUUCUGGAAACAGAAUCUCAUCCAUCUAUUCCACCACCAAAGCUCUCUGUUCAUGAUCUGAAACCUCUAGAUUCACCGGGAAGGAGAAAACUAGAUACAAGUAUACCAGAGAGUUUUAAAGAUACAACAGAAUCCAGGACUGGUAGAAGGACAGAUGUGAGCCCAUUCCUGGCUCCCCGUUCUGCAGCUGUGCCUCUUAUUCACCCCGCUGGACAUGGACCUGGUGGGCCUGGUCAUCUUCUUUUGAAACCCAUCUCAGAUGUGUUGCCCACGUUUACACCCUUGCCAGUGUCACCUGACAACAGUGCUGGUGUGGUGUUGAAAGACCUUUUAAAGCAAUAGGUGAUUCUGAAGCCAGAGAUGACAUACAGAGCACUUUAUGGAAACCCACAAACACUAUGUGUAUAAACUUUAUCACAAAGUGGCCUUUUGGGAAGAGUCAUGUUUGUCGCAUUGUAUAUUCUCUAAUAUAAAGUAUUCUUAGGACUUGUAAAAAUUGCAGGUAUCAUGGGAGGAAGCAGUUGCUAUAGUACCUGCUUCCAUCCCCCUCCCCCUUGGAUUUGAUCUAAUUUAAGCUAGAGAAGCAUUUGGUCAUCUAUCUUAAUUUACAAAAUAAGUAAAAUAAAAGCAAAAUACAGUAACAAUAUAUUAGCUCUUUAGUUCCUUCUCUGAUUUUCAAGCUCACUUAAGCUAGAAACAUGGUUUGGUUUAAAGAGAAUAGAGAUUUACAGAAAAGAAAAUAAUUGUAGUGGCUUCUGUGCAUACUGAAGAAAAUUGACUUGAAGCAGGAAUUGGUCACCUGUGGAGGCCUCGGUGGAGGUUGCAGGAGCGGGAGACCCGGCGUGGGCUGGUGUGUGUCUGUUUCUGUGCACUGUGAUCACAUGAGCAGGCUCGUGCGUCCACCAUAGUCCAGAUGCCAAGCGGCGUCCUCACACGGCGUCCCCCGUGACACCCUUCUGUAAUCACGGCAGCUCUCCGGCCACCUGCAGGAGCCACCUGCCCCUUCACAGCUGCCGAUCAGUAACUCCCCUCCAUCUUUAUGAUGUUGACAUUUCAGGAGUGCUGUGUGUGGACGCAUGCAGCAUACAGCACAUUCUGUGUUGAGACGGCCUCGGUUCCACUCACCACACUUCCCCACGUUGCAGCACGUCUGGGUAAUUUGUCGCAGUUUUGUUGAAUUUGUAGUGCAGGUGUGCUUUUGUUUUAAGAGCUGAGGUGUAUUUUCUAAAGAUAUUUUUAAACAAAGUUUCCUUACAUUUGCACAAGUUUUAUGUACAGGAAAGUGUUAAAUCAACCAUACAGCUGCGUUUUUAUGACUAAGUAGCAAUACCACUAAGCACGACUCCGCCUGCCUCUGUCUGAGCUGUGAGAGUUCCAUUAACCCAGGAGCAUCAUUCUCGUCGUGGUCACUGGAGCCGUGAAGUCACUUCAGCAGCACCAGCACCAGGCAUUUGAUACUAAGGACAGCACUUUAGUUUUUUAUCAACCUGUCAUAAAAAAUUAACUUGUAAUUUAAUUAUAUUGGGAUGCUCAUGAUUGAUUCGUUGUUGAAGAUACACAUUUAAAGACAGUUCUUAAAAUUUUGUGAAUUUCAGUAUGCCUUUAUUAAAAUAGAAACAUCUUUAUAACAGAGAAAGGUGAAAAUGACACUAAUCCAAAUGUGUAAAUAGGCCUGGCUCUGCCAAGGGUAAAUUUGGUUCUCUGUGAAUUUUGCUGUGAGUGACUGUGGAUUUUCUACUGUAUUUAGAAAAUUGGAUGUCUUGAUGUGUUGGUGGAUAAAACUUGUUUUUCUGAAGAAUUUUGGAACUGAGACAUUGCUGCCUCAAAACAUCACCUCCCCUUGGUUAAUUUAUUUAUGUUGCCACUCUGUAUUUAAUACCUUUUAGAGGAAGUUGUACAAGUUCUAUAUUAGAACUGCCAACCUGCCUCUUGUCUACAUUUUGUCCUUAUUAUUUCUCUAUGAAAUCAUUACUUAGAGAUUUUUAUAUGAUCCUUUCAAAGAUACUUUCAUUGAUCAGCCUAAAUUAUUUGCUGCUUGCCGUUGAAGUUACAUUUCGGUGUGGGAGCAUCUGAAAAAGAAGUUCCUAAGCUUAAAAAUAAGAGACGCAUGAUCCUUCAUUUUGAAGAAGCAAAACAUGCCAAAAAAUUUUUCUCUUACAAUUUUGCGAAAGGAAAUGCAUGGUGGGCAUGUAACUUUCAUAUCAUCAUAUUUUAAUUACUUUUUAUGACAUCUUGAGUUUUUCUUUUCCUGCUCAGAACAGUCUGUCCCUCCUCCUCCUCCUGUAGAUUAAUGGAAGUGUGAAAGCUGUUAUGGGUGUAUUGUGAAUCCAAACAGCAUGUGACCUUCCGGGCUGCUGUUUAAAUGAGUACGUGCCCUGGCCCCAAGCCUCACGUCUCAGUUUUACCGCCAUCGAGAUAGAGCCGACUAGUUUGCAUACUAGUGUUGGUUGAUCUAAAAAACAAACAUCUGCGUUUUUGAGACUUAAGUUGUAUCAGGUGAACCAUCUGCUCAAGGGAUUUUCUUGGUGACGGUUCCCAGCGGAAGCAUAUCUGACACAGUAACGUUAGCAGGGGGACAUCACCAACAGAAUUUACUGCAGUAUUUACUACGGUCAUUCUGCUGUUUACUGCUCAAUAAACUUACUAGAAUCUGGCUGAAUUCUGCCUUAGUGCCACAGCCUUUCACGACAUUCCUAAUGGUUCUCAGCCACUCUAUGUGAUAGAAAAUCCAGCCAUUGAAUUUGAUGUUGGUGUAGUAUCUUAUCAUGUGGUUGUGUUUUUGUCCCUGUCAUUGGUUUAAAAGGGGGGGGGGGAGAUAAAAGCAAAAUUUAAGCAACAAUAUACGUGGGGAAAGCAUGACUUUAAUAAACCAAAUAACUAAAAUAGUAAACAUUCCCCCAAAUAAUAACUUCAGUUUAUUUUUCAACCUUUUAAUGGUUAAUUGAAGGGAGGGGAAGACUCAGUGCUUAUCCAGUCAGUAGGUAGGAAAUCAGGUUUGUCUUCAGAAUGGAAGUGGUGAAAAUUACUGAGAAAGUGAUUAUUGCCCAUCAAGCUCAGAGCAUUGACUUUUAAAGCUAAUAUUUUUCAUAUCAAAGUAUUUAAAAUAACAACAAAAAUUCAUCUUGUACAUUCAUUUUGUAAAUAUUAAUAAUUUUGUAAAUAUUAAGUGAUAUUCCUAUGGAAAAAAUAAUGCACUUUUAAUUCUAAGUUCUGACAUUGGUGAUUAUUUGCCAGUUUUUACUUUUCAACUUACUGAGGAUUCUUUACUUAAAAUUGACAAAUUGAAUCUAUGUGUGGGAAAUUUACAAACCAAACUUAAUAAUGGGCUGUCUUUUAUAGAGCUGAAGUCAACGCAUUUCUGUAUUUCUCAGGAGCGCCGCAAGGAAUAGGAAAAAAAAAACCUUCCAAAUAAAAAUGAUAUAUGUAAGUUGGCAGUGUUUCAU